AUGUUCGAAGACACUCGCGAAAUCACGUCUCAGCUUUGUGAUCGUCUGGUCUCGGAGCGCGUCUUGGUUAAGCGUCUGGACCUCCCGGAUGUCGAAUCUCCUCAGGACCAAGUUAAAAUCCGGAAUUUGCUCAAUCCGGGUGAUUCCGAGCAGAUCGUUGUCAUCAGAGACAUAACAUACACCUUGUCCGGGAUGAGCUUUUCCUCGGUUGUCAACGACCACAAAAGCGGCAUCAAACUUUCCGUAGAUUCGUGGCAAACCGUUGGCUCCUCUGAGUGUGUCAGAUGUCUUCUGUAGCUGCGGACCUCCAAGUUGCAUCCAGGUUGGACGAGAGAUGAUGGUGACGUCGGCACCCGUGUCCAAUUGGGGACGGAUAGGAUGUCCGUUGAUGUGAACUUUCAGAUACUUUUGUUCAUCUGCAGUACGACCGAUGAGACGUUGGUACCAAGUGCGUGGAGACGAUUGUUUGAUGCGGCGUUGCGAUGUAGCCUUUGA